AGAACAAACAACCAAACUACCAAGUAGCUGCUUGCGAGUUCUCAAAGCAAGCUUGCAGCUUCCUACGUCUGCAACAAUCCGCCACAAUGGCUUUGGCUUCCAGGGCUUCCCUUCUUCUAGGGCUCAUGAUUGUUGCAGUGAUUGCACCCGUGGCGAUAGCCCAGCUCGGGAACAUCAUCGUCAGUGGCACUGUGCCAUGCAGCACAAGCACCACCACUGUUACAGCAGCAACACCAGUGUUUCCAAAUGCCACUGUGCUGCUACAGUGUGGGAGCAAUGUCAUAUCCAGCGUAAUCACGAACAGCAACGGAGUGUUUACUAUGCUGGUGAAUCCAGUGGACUCAUUGCUCACGCUGUUGAAUAGCUGCAAGCUGGUCAUCCCCACUCCUCUCUCCACCUGCAACACGUCGCUCCCGUCUACUGGGAUCCUGCAGUCCUCCUUGCAGCUACUCUCACGUGGACUCCUCGGAGGAAUUCUCGGCGGCAUCUUGAAUUUUGUCCCCACUCUUUUCACCUUCGUUGGGAGUCUCGGCUAAGAUGAUGACCACUGGAGCCAUAUACCGAAGAUAUAUAUAUAUAUAUAUAUAUACACUAUGGAAUCCAUCGUAUAAACUUAUACCAUCCUCAAGUUUAUCGACCGAACCAUGCACUAGAAUACCAUGUAUCUGUCAUCCUUGUAUUGGUGCUGAAACUUUUAUCGCCAUAUAUAUUUUCUCCAUAUAAAUGAAUAAAAUAAUUAUAUA